AUGUCUCAGUCAACAGCUUCAGAUACAUACCUCUCAGCACAGAGGAAGAGAAGGAGGAGGAGGAGGAGGAGAGGGGAGAAUGCUCUCCCCUCGCCAUUUUUACUUACAUUUUCAAUAAUCAUAAUACUCUUGUCAUUCUCGACAGCUUGCUCGGCAGCAAAUGACACGCCAUGCGAGACGCUUGUCUACGAGUCACCGUCACUAUUUGAACAGCUCGAAGCCAGAGGAGAAAUACUCAUUGACCGCUCCGACCGUCCUGCUCGACGUAACCAAUUCUCUGCAACACAGGUCCAAGGACAACAAGUACAGGUAGAGAAACGAAAAAACGACAACGACGAUGAUGAGACCGUAGUUCCGACAACAGUCUCGUCGGCAUCUACAACCACCGCGCCACCCUCGUCUCCCGCGGAUACGACACCAUCCGACACCAUCGCCACCGACACCGACACCAACCUCGCUCCCAGCGUCAUCUCGACCUCCAUUUCGCCCAGCGUCACCGUCGUGACGACCCCGCUGCCGUCGCCCUUCGACACGUCGCUGAGCCAAAACUUCACGUCCACAACCUGCGGGCCCUUCUUCUCGAACUUUCUCUCCAACGCGACCUUCCUAUCCUGCGAACCCGUGUCGCUGCUCCUGCAAAACUCCAACUCGUUCUUCCGGGCCAUGCGGUCCGCAACCCUCCUCACGCAGACGCUCGACGCGGCGUGCUCGGCGUCGCUGGCCCUCUGCGCGCCCCUCAUGUCCAACCUCGCGGCGCAGCUCAUCUCCCCCUCGGCGUGCGGCGACGACUUCAAAAACCAGGUCGCGACCGUGACGCAAGCCUACGCCGGGCUGACGGCCUACGAGCCCGUGUACCGCGCCACGUGCCUCCGCGACAGCGCGACGGACCGGUACUGCUUCACCGAGGCCAUCACGAACGCGACGUCCCAGGCCGACAGCUACCCCUACUACACCGCCGUGGGACUCAGCAUGCCCAACACCAGCACCGGCACCAGCGCGCCAGACUGCACGCAGUGUCUCCGGGACACGAUGAAGAUCUUCGCCGGCUACGCGCAGGACGCCAACCAGCCCCUCUCCACGACGUACCUGGGUUGCGCCACGCAGAUAGACGACAAAUGCGGGUCCGGGUUCGCCGACUUGAACGUCCAGGUCGGGAGCGUCGACGAUAAGGGCGACGCCCAAAAGAAUGCCGCCACCGCCUCGCUGAGGAGCGUCUUUUUCAAAACGAGCAAGACGCCUUCUGCCAGCAACACUACUGUUUUAUUACUCGGGGGCGCGCCGGCUCUCGUCGUCGCCGCUACCAUCGUUUUGUCUACAUUGUCGACUUUCGUGGUGCUUUGA